AAUCUACAACACGAACAACCUGAAAAGUCAACAGAACCUGCUCGAGCAACCGAGCUCGAAGAGAGAACCAGAGUCUCGAAAUGGCAAUGGGCAAAAUCUUAGCCUGUCUGAUUCCUGAUGACCCCUUGAUUCCUUUAUUGAACAAGGAUGCACAGCCAGCUGCGGUUGUUGCAACUAGAAACUCCCUCGCAUUGAGCAACAUAGUAGUGCCGAUCAAACCAAGGGGAAGUGGGAAGCUAAAUAACGAGCCCAGCUCGUCCAAACAUAAUGAAGAACUAAUGAGAAAGAACGCAAACCUUGAAAGACAACUGCGGGAUGUACAAAAAUCCAUUGACAAGCUGAAAAGUCCCAGGUCACACCAACAAACCCUUGAUUUGGAUAGUGCUCCACUAAACCUAUCCAUCACAGUAGAACCGUAUCAAGAAGGAUUCAAAAUUCCCCACCUGGAGACAUAUGAUGGCUUGGGUGACCCAGAUGAGUAUCUGCACACCUAUCAAGCCAUCAUGAGAAUCCAAAAUGCCAAUGAUGCCAUGAUGUGCAAAGUGUUCCCAGUGACAUUGAAGUCAACGGCCAAAAGAUGGUAUCAUAAACUCCCCAGACACUCUAUAGACUCAUACUCCCAGCUCGCCAAGCUAUUCUCCAACAAAUUUGCGAGCCAAAGGGAGAUUAAAUGCACAGCGACCGAGUUGAUGCAAGAACAACCACUGAGGAGAGAAGAAAAGAAAAAGCAGAAAGUCAACGAGCAGUGGGGGAAGCCCGCCGACUUCCCAAAGUAUGCCAACUACAUUCCUUUGACCUUGCCAAGGUCUCAAAUCCUGGCACAAAUCCAGCACUGGGUUAGAAAACCCCCACCCCCACUGCAUGAUUCCCCAAGGGCAAACAAGAGCAAGCAUUGUGACUACCAUCGUACUUAUGGUCACAACACAGAAGACUGCCAACACUUGAAGAACGAGCUAGAGUUCUUAGCUCACAACGGGAAAUUGGAAGGAUAUCUCGGCGGCACACAGGAUGUGUAUCAGGAUAAUCAAUAUCCUUCUGAGCAGGGCAAAGCGUACAGGGGACGCCAAUUCAAUAGGCGAGGCCAAGGACAAAGAAUCGCCACCCAUAACCAAAAAGACAGGAAGGGGGUAGGCUAUGCUGGGAUACCCCUGACCUCGGACACAAUAAACAUGAUCUCGGAUGGAAUACACUCUGGAGGUCAAAGCGCUCGAGGUCGUAAAGCAUAUGCCCGACAAGUGAUGACCGUCAACAAGAACAGACCUUUGAAGCGACCAUUCGAGGAGGUGGAGUGGGAGAAUGCGCCUAUUACAUUCAGCUCGGCAGAUUACAAUCGAGCAAAAAGAGAGCCAGAUGUUAUGAUGCCCCAUGCAGAUCCUUUCGUGGCAACGGUUCAUAUAGGCAAUCAUAACGUCAACAAGGUGUUUAUCGAUACUGGAAUACUAAAGGGGAAUCAGAAAAUGGCCAGAGCCUAUUAUCAAGAUACAUUUAAGAAGGUUGAGCUCGUUGUAGCCCCGAGAGGCCCUUCUGGAGUAGAGCCAGUAGAGCCAGUAGAGCCAAUAGAAACAGUCCCUUUAAACCCUGAUGUGCCGGAAAGAACAAUCAAGAUCCGCACCAAGCUCACAGAAGAAGAACGAGCAGAGCUUUUGGAGUUUUUGAGGGUUAAUCAAGACGUGUUUGCGUGGACUACGAAUGAAAUGCCUGGCAUCCCAGCAGAGUUGACAGUCCACAAACUUAGUAUGGACCCCACCAAGAGACUGGCAUGUCCAAAAGACCCUCAUCCCUUGCCAAAUGUGGAGAAGUUGGUCGAGCGGGCAAUUGGGCACGAGCAAAUGAGCUUCCUCGACGCUAGCUCAAGGUACCACCAGGUACAGUUGCUGCUGGACGACCAAGAGAAAACAGCUUUUUAUGCUGGUGACACAAUCUACUACUAUGUCAUGAUGCCGUUUGGCUUAAAAAACGCUGAUCGUGUAGCCACGUUGCACAAGUUCAUAGCCAGAUUGGCAGAAAGGUGCCUCCCAUUCUUUAAAGCCUUGCGAGAGCCCAAGAACUUUCAGUGGACCGAGGAGUGUCAACAGGCAUUUGACGAGCUCAAGCAAUAUCUGGCGUCAGCACCCCUACUGUCUAAACCUGUGGAGGGGGAGAGUUUAUACUUGUAUCUGGGGUUCACAAAGGAGGCAAUAAGUUCGAUUUUGCUGAGGGAAGAGAAUAAGCAUCAAAAGCCUAUCUGCUAUGUGAGUAAGGUUUUACAAGGCGCCAAGCAGGACUACUCAUUAGCGGAAAAGGCUGCUUUUGCCUUGGUUUGCACAACUCGUAAGUUGAGAGCUUACUUCCAAUCUCAUCAAAUUAUUGUCUAUACUGAUUUGUCGUUGAAGAAGAUAUUGCAGAAACCGAAACUCUCUGGUUGGCUUAUCGGAUGGAGCGUCGAGCUGAAAAAGGCAUCCAAACACCCAAUCUGGGUCCUGUAUGUUGAUGGAGUAGCUAACGUUGAAGGAUCGGGUGCUGGGGCGGUGUUAAUGGGCCCAGAUGGCUUUAAAUCUGAACACGCAUUGAGAUUUGCCUCCUUCCAAAUCGACAAGAUACCUAGAGCGAAUAACCAACGAGCUGACGAGCUGUCAAAAUUAGCCUCCUCGCAAGAUAUCAACCCUCAUAGGUCAACAAUUGUGGAGACUACCCCGCUCAUAGAUUAUCUGCACAGUGGCGAGCUGCCUCAAGAUCCAUCCGCUGCAAAGUUGAUUAAACACAGGGCGACUCAUUUCACUUUGUUAGAUAAUCAGUUCUACAAACGAGCAGCCUCAAUGCCCCUAUUACGCUGCCUCACUUCUUAUCAAGCUGAAUAUGCUGUGAGGGAAGUUCGUGAAGGAGUAUGUGGCACACACAUAGGAGAAAUGCUCUCAUCACUCUCAUCUUCCUGCCCUUUUGCUCAAUGGGGAGUCGACCUGCUUGGCCCUUUUGUGAAAAGCAAAGGAGGUUGCACCUACCUCGUUGUCUCGAUGGAUUACUUUACCAAAUGGAUAGAAGCUAAACCAUUGUCCACGACAACAGAAAAGAAAAUAGAAGAAUUCUUGUUCAAUUCAAUAUUGUGCAGGUUCGGUAUUCCUAAGCGGAUCAUCGCAGACAAUGGUUCGCAGUUCCGAGCCGCGACACUGAGGUCAUUCUAUACCGACUAUGGCAUUGAGCUCGCCUUGACAUCCGUGUAUACUUCACAGUCAAAUGGGCAAGCCGAGUCCGCCAAUAAAAUCGUCUUGCGAGGCCUCAAGACGCGUGUUUUAGCUACGCAUUCUAAUUGGGUAGACGAGCUCAAUAAAGUGCUGUGGUCAUGUCGCACUACACCCAGCUCGGCUACAGGCGAAACCCCAUUCAGCUUGGUGUAUGGAGCUAAGGCCGUCAUCCUUGUUGAGGUUGGAUUGCCAUCUGAUAGAUCAUAUCACCAUGACGAUCUUAAUAAUGAGCAACUUUUAAGAGAGAACCUAGACCUUGUAGAAGAGGUUAGGGAGAUGUCUCAAAUAAAGAAUAUGGCAUAUCAACGUCGUGUUGCAAAAUUUUACAAUAAGAGAGUACGAGCUUGUCAGUUCAAGGUUGGAGAUCUGGUUUUACACAAAGCUGGAUUAACCAAUACUUAUUCGCACAUGGGCAAACUUGCUCCUAAUUGGGAAGGUCCCUAUAUGGUCAUUCAAAUCAAGCGACCUGGGUCUUAUGUGUUAGCAGACAUACAGGGACGCCGGUUGCCAUAUAUUUGGAACAAGGUUUUUAAAAUCAGACCGGAUCGAUCGGUUGAACCGGUCAGACCGGUAUUCGGUAAUGAAAACGGUUCGGUUUACACAAAAAAAUUGUUUGAGGUCAAAAUCGGUCAAAAACCAUUCAAAACUGAUCAAAACCGGUGAAAUCGAUGGAACCGGUAGAACCGAAAAAACCACCGGUUCAAUUUCUCAUGCAAUUUUCUUUCUAUUUUUUCCAAUUUCACCCUCACCAUUCCUUUCUUAUACCAAUUUUAACCCUUAAUUUUAAUAAAAUUACAAAAUUAUC